GUCACAUUCAACCAAAUGCAGAAGCCCGACAAACGACGCGAUUCAUCAUCAUCGCGUCUGAAGAAAAUAUGGCGCUCACCAAAACAAUCAGCAUCGAGCGCAACAAGCGAUUCUGGUGGAGAAAACUCAAAUUCAUUAAGACGAGAAUCAAAAAAUACGAUUCAAUUGGCACCGAGUGGUUGCAAUAAUAGUAAUAGUCAAAAAGUAGCCUGUUCAUUGCCUUUAUUGCAAAUAUGGCCUAGUCAAGAUAGUCCGAGAGGUGAAGCGGAUGGAUCAUCAUUUGUUUUCUCUGUUAUAUCCGAUGACACUAUAAAGAAGCAUAAUGAUGAUACGACAUUUAUAGAAUCACCAUCAACGUCAUUGGCUGUAAACAUAUGUCGUCGAGCGUCAUUGACUGUUGAGCAUGGUCAAGAUUCGGGAAUUGAAUCCGUUCAAGCAUCACCAUCGCCUAUAAAUGCACAAUCAAAUCAGCCAAUUAUUGUAACUAGUUCUAGUAGUUUGAAGCAACAACAAACUUCCAAUAGCAGUCCUACACCAUCUGAUAAGCAGCUACAGCAAAAACAGAGAAAGCUUUUACAUCCAGAUCAUGCACGCAUACAACGCCCUCCUACCUCGCCUGAUAAUACAUCCAUUGAGGAUAUGAAUGAAUUUAGUAAUGGAAAUCUGUGUACGGCAAGCUCAAGUACAACAUCAUCCCAAACGUCUAUUGCAGCAAUUGGUUCAAAUCAUUUUAAACGUUUAUCUGAUCCGUGGCUACAUCGACAAUCAACGUCAUCCAAUAACGGCGGUGUACACGAUGAUGAUCAAAUGGAAUCACAACGAAGACGCUCAACAGGACGUUAUUCAUUGCUGGAUGCACUAGAUUUAGAAUAUGCAUUAUUAAGAGCUGCUGCUCGUGGUAGUGUCGGUCCAUAUUCACUUUCUGAAUCAAUUCACAAAUUAACAUUUACACAAUCACUUGCUUUUCCUGCACUAGCGAGAAGCAUAACAAGUAAACGAAGACGUUCCGUUGAACACACACGACAACGACCAUUAGAUCCGAAUGAGUCUGGAUUAAAUUUAUUAGCAAAAUUUAUAACCGCUUGCGUUUUAGUAUUGGUUAGCUUUUUAGUGUUUUUCAUUGUAUAUAAAUUUUCAACUACAUGAGGUUUGCUCCUUCUGAACCCUACUGACACUGUGCUCGAUGAUGUGGAUAAUGAUAAUGAAACCGAAUUGAGUAGUACCAUUGUGAAUGUGCAAUCAAAUUAUAAUAAUCAUAAUAAUAUAAAUCAAUCCACAUUCCUUUACAAUGCUACAUCGACGCACUUUGACUUUCAAUUAUAUCAGCGAGCUUUGUUGAGACGUAAUCAAACACUCGCUGAGGGGUUCAGAAGGAUACACAAUAUGACAUAUAAGCCCUAAUCAAAUAAGCUGUGAUUAUACCAUUUCGGCGAUUAAAACAAAAAUGAUUAUUGAAUGUAAAAUUAAUUAAAAAUUCGCAUUCAUUUAAAUUUUCUUGUAUCGAGAACCACAACCACAAUGAAAUUAUAAAUGAGAUAUUAAU